AUGGCCUUCAAGGACAGCGUAAUAGACCUAGCGCCACAGGUGCUUCUCUGCUUGCAUGCAAGAGCUGCUUCAGACAAACUUGUUUUACCUGGAGAGGAUCAGGGCGUCUAUCAUGAUAAAGCAGUGUCAUCCCAGGCAACAAUAAUCCAUUUUCAAGCUAGAGAUAUUUAUGUAUCGUCGUGUUGCUCAACCUCACUUCCCAAAAAGGGUAGCCAAAUGGCUUCUUCGAUUCACAGUCCAUUGAUGUUCUCCAAUCCUGCGUUUCCCUCUGCAACAAAGGUUUCCCCUCCCAAAAUUCCCAUCAAAACCACUACCUUCAAAGAAAUUUGUCAAAAUGGUAGCCUCAAUGGGGCUUUUGAAUCACUCAGCGACGGCGUUGUACCUUCCCAAACUUUUCGUUCCAAACGUUUCGUUGAUUCCUGUUCCUUUCUUCUUGAGCUUUGCGCAACCCAGAAAUCCUUAUCACAAGGCCAGCAGGUUCAUGCUUUGAUUCUGAAAUCAAACUUAACUGAUGAUGAUCUUUUGUUUUUAGACACGAAGCUCGUGUUGAUGUACGGCAAAUGUAGGUCUUUCUUGGAUGCUAAGAAAGUGUUUGAUGGAUUGCCUGAGCCAAACAUUUUUGCAUGGAAUGCUAUGAUUGGCGCUUGUGUUACAAACGAAAAACCUUUUGAAGCGUUGCAACUGUAUGAAAAAAUGCGCGUCUUUGACCACCCUCUUGAUGCCCAUACUUUCCCUUUAGUUUUAAAGGCUUGUGCUAUGACGAAAGAUUUGAGCUGUGGGUAUGAAAUUCACGGACUUGCGACUAAAUUGGGGUUGUUGAGUAACGUAUUUGUUGUUAAUUCACUUGUGGGUAUGUAUGCCAACUGUAAUGAUGUCCAUGCAGCUAACCGUUUGUUCAUUGGACUGGAAGUUAGAGCGGAUGUUGUGUCGUGGAAUUUGAUCAUUUCAGCCUACUCUGCUAGUGGGAUGAGUGAAGAAGCAUUAGAAAUGUUUGGCAAAUUGAUUAGAGCAGGUGUUCGUCCUACUACUUACACUUGUGUGCCUGUUCUUCAGGCCUGCGAGGAGAUAGAAUUUGAGAAAAUGGGAAUGGCAGUUCACGCAAUGAGUUUGAAGUCGGGUCAUCACCUUGACGUCUAUGUUGCGAAUGCUUUGAUUGUCAUGUACGGUAAAAACAAUAGAAUGGACGAAGCUGCCAUCAUAUUUGCUGACAUGAGGGAGAAAGAUAAUAUUUCAUGGAAUUCAAUGCUAUCAGGGUAUGUGCAAAAUGGACUGUACUAUGAAGCCUUUGAUUUCUUUUGUGAGAUGAAAGAUGUGAUUGAGAACCCUGAUGAGAUAUCGCUUGUAAGUAUGCUUUCCGCCUCUGGAAGAUCAGGAAGUGUGCUUCAAGGAAUGGAAAUCCAUACUUAUGCUCUGAAAAAUGGAAUGGACAGUGAUAUGCUAUUAGGAAACUCACUUAUGGACAUGUAUGCGAAGUGUGGAAGGACUGGCUACAUGCACAAUGUUUUUGAGAGGAUGCCUAACAAAGACUAUGUCAGUUGGACAACAGUAAUUUCGGGUUAUGCUCAGAAUCAGGUCCCUGUGAAAGCGUUGCAAUUGUUUCGGGCAAUGAAGAUAGAAAAUGUUGAUGUUGACUUAUUGAUGAUCGGGAGCCUUCUUCUUGCUUGUGGUCAUUUAAAGUCCAAUUCACUUGUGAAACAAAUCCAUGGGGUUUUAACAAGGAGAGGGUUAUAUGAUACAGUUAUGGAAAAUACUCUUAUUAAAGCCUAUGGGGAAUGUGGAAACAUCAAUUAUGCAUGCAGUGUUUUCAGAUUUAUUGAAGACAAAAAUGCUGUGUCAUUCACCAGCUUGAUGUCUUGUUAUGUCGAUAACGGAUUAGCAUAUGAAGCUCUCAACCUUGUCCCUCGUAUGAAAGAAAGUGAAAUUGAACUAGAUUUCGUUGCAAUACUAGGUAUCCUUUCUGCUACUUCAGAUUUAUCUGCGUUGAGGAAAGGAAAAGAAACGCAUGGAUUCAUGCUCAGGAAGGGGUUCGAUAUUGAAGGUCCUACGUCCAGUGCUCUUGUGGAUAUGUACUCUUGCUGUGGGGAUUUGGAUAGCUCAUAUAAGAUUUUCAAUUGUUCAGAAGACAAAGAUUUGCCUAUUUGGACAAGCAUGAUCAGCGCAUUUGGAAUGCAUGGUCUUGGUCAGAUGGCCAUUGAGUUAUUUAGGAGGAUGGAAGAAUUUCCAGAUUCAAAUUCAUCAGAACGUGAAAGGUGA